UUAUACGUUGGCGUGCUUGUUUUCUUACCAUCAUUUGUCAUAAAGGUUAUAGUUGGAUGUAUUUUUAUACAGUUCAAUGAAAAUUAUCUGGUACCAUUUGUGAAAUACAACCAUUUAUGUAACACGAUAUGUUUUCACUUCAAAAUCAAAACCAGGCAUUCAUAACACUUUCGCAAGUAUCUAGUAAAAUAACACCGAAACGAAAUGUAUUAUUCAGUAAGAAAACCACACAGAAAGCCAAGCAGGCGAAUAUACUUUGCUUGGACAGUUUUUUGGAAACUUUGAAAAAUUGUGACUUUUCUUUUGCCAAACACUUGAACAGUCAAUCAUUCUUUGAAAGCCGUCUUCUAAACAACGUAAAGGCAUCUUAUAUAUCAAAUCAAACAUUUUUUGAAAACAAGCAUGGUUUCUCUGAAAAAAAUUUAAAAUCAGAACCAAUUCCAACUUUAAUUUUAAAAAAGAACAAAAAUCUGCAUAUACCACAAAGUUUCUAUCAGAACCUGGUGCACAAUUUAACACAUGAGAACACCUGCAAGUUCAAUUUGCAAACAAGAGGAUUUAAGACUGACCGAAGUAUAAAGGCUGAAGUUCAGAGAAAUCCAACUUUAGCUAGCCGAGUGAAAGCAGCCUUUGGCUUUCAUGCAACUGACACUCUGGAAUCGAAGGUUACUUCAAAUGCGACCUCAAAUUCAGAACGAAUGAAAAAUAUUCUUGGUAGCGAUGAUCCAACUAUAACUGAAAAUGAAAAACAAAGAAUUAAGAUUGCUUUCGCAGAGGGCUAUCUCUUAGGUAAUACCAAUCCUCGCACCGGAAAAGCCACAAAAUACUUCAGAUUGGUACAACAGAUACUUACUGCAAUUAUUUUCAUGGCCAUUAUUAUGAGUUUGAUGGCCACCACAAAUGGCUCCAUUUUUCGCAUUCAACUGGGUAACCAAGUAGAAGUGGACCCUGAGGAAAUUCAUGUGACAUUUGAUGAUGUAAAAGGAGCUGAUGAAGCAAAACAAGAACUAAAAGACGUUGUGGAAUUUCUUAAAAAUCCCGAAAAAUUUUCGAACCUUGGUGGUAAACUUCCAAAGGGUGUUCUUCUUGUAGGACCUCCAGGAACUGGCAAAACAUUAUUGGCAAGAGCAGUAGCAGGUGAAGCUGGUGUGCCUUUCUUUCAUGCAGCUGGUCCAGAGUUCGACGAAGUGCUAGUUGGUCAGGGCGCAAGGAGGGUCAGAGAUUUGUUUAAAGCCGCAAAAGAGCGAUCGCCGUGCGUGAUAUUCAUCGACGAGAUAGAUUCGGUCGGGUCCAAACGCACGAACAGUGUAUUGCAUCCUUACGCGAAUCAAACGAUCAAUCAGCUGCUGAGUGAGAUGGACGGAUUCCAUCAAAACGAAGGUGUGAUUGUGCUCGGUGCGACCAAUCGGCGAGAAGACCUCGACCAGGCGCUGCUGCGACCAGGACGAUUCGACGUUGAGGUUUCAGUACCCACACCGGACUUCACCGGCCGCAAGGAAAUACUCGGUCUAUAUUUGAGUAAAAUUUUAGCGAAGGAUAUAGAUCUGGAUUUGCUAGCCCGGGGAACCACCGGUUUUACUGGCGCAGACUUAGAAAAUAUGGUCAAUCAAGCAGCCCUACGAGCUGCAAUAGACGGGGCAGACUGCGUUGGCAUGAAGUACUUGGAAUCUGCACGGGACAAGGUGCUUAUGGGCCCAGAAAGGAAGUCUCGCAUCCCUGAUGAGGAGGCCAACAUGAUAACCGCCUAUCACGAGGGAGGACACGCGAUCGUUGCCUUUUACACGAAAGACAGUCAUCCGUUGCAUAAAGUGACAAUAAUACCGCGUGGUCCCAGCCUCGGUCACACUGCCUACAUUCCGGAAAAAGAGCGUUACCAUGUGACCAAGAGUCAGUUGCUCGCCAUGAUGGAUACAAUGAUGGGUGGCCGAGCUGCCGAAGAACUUAUUUUUGGUCCAGAGAAAAUCACCUCAGGUGCCAGUUCGGACUUGAAACAAGCCACUUCAAUAGCAACGCAAAUGGUCAAGGACUGGGGUAUGUCUGAGAAAGUUGGCCUUCGUACGAUGUCCGAAAAUACGAAAGCCUUCCAAGGCGAGUCAUUAGGACCAUCCACUAACGAACAGGUUGACAGCGAGAUAAAGCGACUUCUAACAGAAAGUUAUGACAGGGCUAAGCAUAUUCUUAAACAACAUGCUAAAGAGCAUAAGGCGUUGGCUGAAGCACUGAUGAAGUAUGAGACAUUAGAUGCAGAAGAUAUUAAAGCUAUAAUGACAGACAAAGCUGCUACAGAAAAAUCAUAGUUCAACCAGUUAUUCCUACUUCCUACAAUUUUUAAGUUUAGUUAGUUGUUCUUCCAAACUGGGAGAACCAUUUAUUUUUUCUAACUACGCCCAGAUUGCUACGUUGGACUGGUAGUUAUAAAACAAGUUAUACAUAUUAUAAUAAUUAGCCUGGAGUCAUUUUUGUAUAUAUAAAAUGAAAAAUACACCACUGUAACCAAGCCUUUGUUGACUUAAUAUAUAAUAACUGAUACUUGGAGGUUUUAUUUAUUUGUGAAUUUAGUGAGGUGUAUAUUGUUGAUAAUAUAAUAAAGAAUACUUUAUUUUGA